CCGUGCGCACGCGCGGUGGCGGCGGCCGCGGGUCCAAGAUGGCGGCGCCCGGCGGGCAGGCGGCGGGGGGCGCGUUCGCGGCCUGGCUGGCGGGGCGGCUGGACGCGCUGGGCCUGGACCGCGCCGUGUACGGGGCGUACAUCGAGGGGCUGCUCCGCGGGGAGGAGAGCGACGAGGAGCGGCUGGAGGCGCUCCGGGGCGUCCUGGCCGCCUGCCUGGAAGAAGAUCUCCUGAGCGAUGUGUGCAGGGAGCUGGUCGAGAAGUGGUCUGAGUCUCAGGUUGUUGACGCCGUGGAGAAGAAAGAAGACGAGAUCCAGGCGCUCACCAGCGUGAUGGAGAAGCAGGCGCGCAUCGUGGUGAAGCCCAGGGAGGUGUCCCAGGAGGAGAAGCAGAGGAAAGCCGCCCUCCUGGCCCAGUACGCCAACGUGACGGAUGAGGAGGACGGUGAGGAUGAACAGGAUGGAUCGACAGCGACAGCAGUGAAUAUUGGAUCAGAGAAAUCGCUGUUCCGCAACACCAACGUGGAGGACGUGCUGAACGCCAGGAAGCUGGAGCGGGAGCUGCUGCGAGACGAGUUCCAGAAGAAGAAAGAGCAAGACAAACUGCAGCGCGAGAAGGACAAGCUGGCCAAGCAGGAGCGGAAGGAGAAGGAGAAGAAAAGGACACAAAAAGGCGAGCGGAAGCGAUAGCUGGGGUUUCCAGCUGGACUCUGGAGGGGUAAAAUUAAUUAUGAAUAUGGUGUGUGUUUAAAAAGCAGCAGAAAUUCUGGGCACGUGGCUGGCGAGUGGCGUUUCCUUUGUUUUGUUUUUUUAUUUAACAUAGCAGAAAAGAAAUUGCAAGCACCUCCUAAACCCGAACGUGCCAUGUGCUUGUGCUGUCAUGUCCCAGUCGGUUAUUGUGGCCAAUGUCUGUACCAAAGAACGGUGAAGUGAUUCUGUCCGUGUUUUAAAAAUUGAUGGAUUUUUACUUCUAACCACUUGAAGCAGAACGACACGUAGGAGGGAGGCUCCGCGCUGGCUGCAUCCUUGGUUUGCAGCAACAGCGAGUUACGAUUCGAGAACAGCAGAGCCCCUUUCUGAGGUGUAACUAAGAACAUGCUGCUAUGGGGUGAAUGUGAAUUUAUUUACACUAGCCUUGAAAAAUGUAUUUGCAAAUAGCUGUGUUUUUGCUGCCAAGAACAAGGCUCCGUCUUGGUUCUGGCUGAGCCGAGGGCGCCGGGUUGGAGCUGAUCUCAGUUAAGUGCUGUUGUGCAGCAGGAGAAAGGAAACGCUAUGAAAUAUAGAUGAGUUGCAGCUCCGAGACUGCGUCACCCACGGGCUCUCGCAAGGGAAACGUCGCGUUGGUUUGAGCAUCAGCCGCAGCGGUAGCGAAAUGGUCGAGUCCUUAAUGCUGUUUUCAGACUCGGUGCCGGUGGCUGGGCAACGGUGCUCCCCAUGUUCCGGGUGGGUCUGUGCUGACUGUUACUCUCCAGCAGUUGCCGGGGUUGGGUGCGUUAGUGGCCACAGCGGUCGCUCUCACCCGAAUGCUGCUCUCGCCCCAAAGCGCUCGGUACCUGCUGCUUCCAGCCUUUUCUGUGACACUAAAUUCCGUAACCUGCGCGUGAAGGAGGAGCCGCCGUGCUUCCCCCCGCGCUGCUGUGUGUUCUCCGCAGCUCCUGGUCGAGGGGCUGCCUCCUGCUCAGCUGCUGCUGCCAGCGUGUGUCGCAGUGCUUUAGCUCCGGAUUGAAUAAUAAAACUGGUUGGCCAAGAA